AUGGAAGAAAAUAGAGAAGACCAUGGCCUUGCAGAAGGCAAGAUUUUGUCUAUCUGGAUGAUUUUGUUUGUGGCAUUAAUUUUGUUGCCUUCGAUGUUUCGAGUGUCACUGGGGAUUUCUCAUUUCUAUGUGAAAAUUGUAAUUAAAAUAUUAGAGUGGGCCACCCUGCAGAUUGAGGAGGGAGUAAAAAAGCAGAAGGCGAUGGCACUUGAAAAUUUAAUCUCCACUGGGAUCAUCCAGAGAGAUGAGACCCCCAUGGAAGAGGAGAUUGUUGGCCGGUACCAAGGAUGUUUCAGCCUUGCUGAUAUCAUGUACUUCUCCAAGAAGGGCUGCGAGGCAGUUGCAGAAGAUGAAGUCACUCCACGGUUCUGCUCCGAGGAGCUGCUGUCCUGGAAUCUCCUCAGCAGAACCAAUGCCAACUUGCACCAUGUCAGUUGGAAACUGGCUGCUGUGUGGGUCACUGGCAUCAUAAUUCGGUAUUGCCUCCUGCUGCCUUUCCGCAUCUGCUUGUCUGUUUUCAGUGUCCUGUUGCUGGUGUUGGCCACUACAGUAGUAGGACAGUUCCCAAAUGGCAGAGUUAAAGGCUGGCUGAGCAACCAGGUCCAGAUGAUAUGUGCCACCUUAGGUGUCCGAUGUCUGAGUGGCCUCGUUCAUUUCCACAACAGGGAAAACAAACCACAGGAAGGAGGCAUCUGUGUUGCCAACCACACAUCUCCACUAGAUGUUCUAAUCCUGGCCAGUGAUGGAUGCUAUUCCUUGGUUGGCCAGGUACAUGGAGGGUUUAUGGGACUUAUUCAAAAAUCCUGCAUGCAAACCUCUCAGCAUGUCUUGUUUGAACGCUCAGAAAUGAAAGACCGUCACCUGGUGAGGAAAAAAAUUAGAGAACACAUUGCAGAUAAGGCCAAGUUACCCAUUUUAAUUUUCCCAGAAGGCACCUGCAUUAACAACACAUCAGUAAUGAUGUUUAAGAAGGGAAGCUUUGAGGUAGGAGGAACCAUCCAUCCAGUAGCAAUCAAGUAUGACCCUCGCUUUGGAGAUGCCUUCUGGAACAGCACAAAGCAUUCCGUGAUGACCUAUGCUUUUAAUGUGUUAACCAGCUGGGCUAUUGUCUGCAAUGUGUGGUACCUGCCACCGAUGGUCAAAGAGGAAGAAGAAGAUGCUGUUCACUUUGCUGACAGAGUGAAGGCUGUCAUUGCUGCUCAGGCAGGAAUGUCUGUGCUUCCUUGGGAUGGGGGACUGAAAAGGAAAAAGGUCAAAGAGUCUUUCAAGGAAGAGCAACAGAAAAAAUAUUGCCAGAUAGUAAUACAAAAUGUAUCUGUGGAAAACAGAAAUAUUUGUUAAAUGCUAUUUAUUUUAUCUCAUUUUUCCAUGACUUAUCUCUACCAGAGAAUAGACUGUUUUUAUAUUAAACCCAACAUGUUUUCCUUCUGUCCCUGUAAGAUAUUUUGCAUGUGACA